CCGGCGUUGGCCAAUACUUUUGGGUCAAGUUCAAGCGGAGCUGGAAGAUGUUACGUCAAGGGAAAUUGAAUGUCCGACGAACUCAUGGAAGCAGCUCCGCCGGGUGUUGGACAGGCUCAGCCGCAGCGUCAUUCUUUUUAGUUCACACCACCACCGUCGUCGACGACGACGACGAACCCGCUCUUUCACUUCAAUGGCUGGCCGACCUGACCCUAGGAGUCAGGAGGGCGCAUACGUCUCGCCUUCGCCAUCCUCGGACCCGCACGAUCCCUUCAGCAAUGGACACGAUCCCCGCUACUACGAUAACGAUUCGGACAACAAUGACUAUGGCCGUCGCGACACUUAUACUUCAGACAGCAGCAACCAUGGCAUGAACGACGACGACCGCUACUACGACCACCAUGGAGCAUAUGACCCCUACGGCCCACAACCCGACACAGAUUCCGACGUAGAUGUCUAUGGGCAGAAAUAUGCCCCGUCUGCUGAAUCGCUUGGGCCUGCGCGAGUGGGCGUCUCAGAGUCCUCAACACCCACUUUUGUCGACCAUGGGCCUGCAGGCGCACGCGAGGCAUAUCCUGCGUGGGGUGCAGAGCGGCAAAUCCCGUUGUCCAAGGAAGAAAUUGAGGAUAUCUUCCUCGAUCUCACGCAGAAGUUUGGAUUUCAGCGGGAUUCAAUGCGGAAUAUGUUCGACUUCACAAUGCAACUCCUAGAUAGCCGCGCUUCACGCAUGUCGCCCAACCAAGCGCUUCUGACACUCCAUGCAGACUAUAUUGGUGGACAGCAUGCAAAUUACCGCAAGUGGUAUUUUGCGGCACAGCUUGAUCUCGACGAUGCUGUAGGACACACUCAGAACCCGGGCUUGCAACGUUUAAAAUCGGUCAAGAGUCGGGGGCCGAAGAACGUACAUGAGAAGUCAUUGAAUAGUGCACUAGACCGAUGGAGGCAGGCUAUGAACAACAUGAGCCAGUACGACCGCAUGCGACAAAUCGCACUCUACGUCCUUCUGUGGGGCGAGGCAGCACAGGUUCGAUUUGUGCCCGAAUGUCUUUGCUUUAUUUUCAAAUGCGCGGACGACUACUACCGAUCUCCCGAGUGCCAGAACAGGAUAGACCCCGUGCCCGAAGGUCUCUAUCUUCGAUCCGUCAUCAAACCUCUUUAUCGGUUUAUUCGUGACCAAGGGUAUGAGGUUGUCGAUGGUAGGUUCGUGCGGCGGGAAAAGGACCACGAGAGCAUCAUUGGGUACGACGACGUCAAUCAACUCUUUUGGUACCCUGAAGGCAUCGCUCGCAUCACGCUUACUGAUAAGACCCGUCUCGUGGAUCUACCCCCGUCAGCACGAUUCAUGAAGUUCGACCGGAUCGACUGGAAUCGUGCCUUUUUCAAGACGUAUUACGAGAAGCGAUCGUUCGGUCACCUUCUCGUGAACUUCAAUCGGAUAUGGGUCAUACACAUUGCGAUGUAUUGGUUCUAUACUGCAUACAACUCGCCAACCAUCUACAACGGUGAUCGCUCUACUGCUAUGCGAUGGUCAGCGACUGCACUCGGUGGUGCCGUUGCGACAAUCAUAAUGAUAUGUGCAACACUGGCUGAAUUUUCUUACAUUCCGACAACAUGGAACAACACCUCACAUCUGACUCGGCGCCUUCUCUUCCUCGCGGUCACCCUGGCACUGACAGCUGGUCCUACGUUCUAUAUCGCUAUUGCGGAGAGUAAUUCUCCUGGAGGUUCACUCGCCCUCAUCCUCGGUAUCGUGCAGUUUUUCAUCUCGGUCGUUGCCACCCUCUUGUUCGCCAUUCUGCCAUCUGGACGAAUGUUCGGAGACCGAGUAGCAGGCAAAUCGCGGAAGUAUCUAGCCAGUCAAACCUUCACGGCGAGUUACCCAACACUGACACCAACGGCACGCAUGGCUUCUAUUCUGCUCUGGGCCCUCGUAUUUGGCUGCAAGUUCACCGAAUCCUACUUCUUCCUCACGCAAGGCUUCCGUGACCCCAUUCGUGUCAUGGUGCACAUGAGGGUACGAGGGUGCAAUGACAAGUACUUCGGCAAUGCGCUUUGCAGGAAUCAAGCCGCUUUUACUCUCACGAUCAUGUACCUCAUGGAUCUCGUCCUGUUCUUCCUGGAUACCUUCUUGUGGUGGAUCAUUUGGAAUACGGUCUUCAGUAUCGCACGGUCUUUCGCUCUUGGUCUAUCGAUCUGGACACCCUGGAAAGACAUCUACACUAGACUACCGAAGAGGAUUUAUGCAAAGUUGUUGGCCACGGGCGAUAUGGAAGUUCGUUACAAGCCAAAGGUCCUCGUUUCGCAAAUAUGGAACGCGAUCAUCAUCUCCAUGUAUCGGGAACAUCUGCUCUCCAUCGACCACGUCCAGAAGCUCCUAUAUCACCAAGUUGAUGCAGGUCAAGAUGGAAGGCGGAGUCUGCGGGCACCGCCCUUCUUCAUUUCACAGAGUGAUAAGGGCCUACAGGGCGAGUUUUUCCCACCGGGGAGUGAAGCCGAACGUCGCAUUUCGUUCUUUGCGCAGUCACUUACCACUGCUAUACCGGAGCCUCUUCCCGUUGAUGCUAUGCCUACGUUCACUGUUCUGACGCCUCACUACAGCGAAAAGAUCCUGCUGUCAUUGCGCGAGAUCAUCCGCGAGGAGGACCAGAAUACUCGAGUCACACUGCUGGAGUAUCUCAAGCAAUUACACUCGGUCGAAUGGGAGAAUUUCGUGAAGGAUACCAAAAUCCUUGCAGAGGAAUCUGAAAUGUACAAUGGUCCAAGUCCAUUCGGCGCUACCGACGAGAAGGGUCAGUCAAAGGCUGACGACCUUCCAUUCUACUGCAUCGGAUUCAAGAGCGCUGCUCCUGAGUUCACCCUUCGCACACGUAUCUGGGCUUCUCUGCGAGCGCAGACACUUUAUCGAACUGUCUCUGGCAUGAUGAACUAUGCGAAGGCAAUCAAACUGCUCUACCGUGUUGAAAACCCAGAGGUGGUGCAGCUUUUUGGUGGCAACACGGAUAAGCUCGAACGUGAACUGGAGCGGAUGGCCCGACGGAAAUUCAAGUUCGUUGUGUCGAUGCAACGGUAUUCCAAGUUCAGCCGGGAAGAACAAGAGAAUGCGGAAUUUCUCCUUCGUGCGUAUCCUGACCUACAAAUUGCGUACUUGGAAGAAGAGCCGCCACGCAAGGAGGGAGGCGACCCUAGGUUGUUCUCUGCCCUUAUUGAUGGUCACUCUGAAUUCAUUCCUGAGACCGGACGUCGACGACCUAAAUUCCGAAUUGAGCUUCCUGGUAAUCCCAUUCUUGGCGAUGGAAAGUCGGACAAUCAGAAUCACGCGAUCAUUUUCUACCGUGGCGAGUACCUUCAACUCAUCGAUGCCAACCAGGAUAACUACCUCGAGGAAUGUCUCAAGAUUCGUAACGUCCUCGGAGAGUUUGAAGAGUAUGCUGUGUCCAGCCAAAGUCCGUAUGCUCAAUGGGGCCAGAAGGACUUCAAAAGAGCCCCCGUUGCUAUUGUUGGUGCUCGCGAGUAUAUCUUCUCCGAGAACAUUGGUAUCCUUGGUGACUUAGCUGCCGGCAAGGAACAGACGUUCGGUACCCUCUCUGCUCGUUCAUUAGCCUGGAUCGGUGGAAAGCUUCACUACGGUCAUCCUGAUUUCCUGAAUGCCAUCUACAUGACCACCCGUGGCGGUGUGUCGAAGGCGCAGAAAGGUCUGCACCUCAAUGAAGAUAUCUACGCUGGUAUGAACGCAUUCGGCCGUGGUGGACGCAUCAAGCACACGGAAUACUACCAGUGCGGAAAGGGUCGUGAUCUCGGUUUUGGCACCAUCCUCAAUUUCCAGACGAAGAUCGGUACUGGUAUGGGCGAGCAGAUGCUUAGUCGAGAGUACUAUUACCUUGGUACCCAGCUCCCUAUCGACCGUUUCUUGACGUUCUACUAUGGCCACCCGGGUUUCCACAUCAACAACAUGUUGGUUAUCCUCUCGGUUCAAAUCUUCGUUUUGACCAUGGUAUUCUUGGGUACGCUGAAGGGUCAACUGACUAUAUGCCAAUAUACCUCCUCGGGCGAAUUCAUCGGGACGCCGGGCUGCUACAACCUCACUCCUGUCUUCCAGUGGAUUGACCGCAGCAUCAUCAGUAUCUUCCUUGUAUUCAUGAUCGCAUUCUUACCGCUAUUCUUGCAAGAAUUGGUGGAGCGUGGAACGGGCAAGGCCAUUCUGCGUCUGACAAAGCACUUCGGCUCAGCAUCGCCAGCAUUCGAAGUGUUCUCUACACAGAUCUCCUCCCACUCCAUUGUGAGCAACCUGACAUUCGGUGGUGCUCGUUACAUCGCCACGGGUCGUGGUUUCGCGACCACAAGGAACUCCUUCUGUAUCCUCUUCUCACGCUUCGCCGGGCCGAGCAUUUAUAUGGGGAUGAGAACCCUCGUCAUGUUGCUCUAUGUCACGCUCACAUUGUGGACUGGUUGGAUAACCUAUUUCUGGGUUUCUAUUUUGUCUCUCUGCAUUGCGCCGUUCCUCUUUAACCCUCAUCAAUUCUCUGCUGCGGACUUCAUCAUUGACUACAGGGAGUUCCUCAGAUGGAUGAAUCGUGGCAACUCACGUACACACAAGAACUCAUGGAUCGGCUACUGUCGUUUGUCCAGGACGAUGAUCACUGGGUACAAGAAGAAGAGACUUGGUCACCCCUCAGAAAAACUGUCCGGGGACGUUCCUCGUGCCCGCUGGCGUGCGGUCAUCUUUUCAGAGAUUGUCUUCCCGAUCGUCAUGGCCAUCUUGUUCACCAUUGCCUAUAUGUUCGUCAAAUCCUUCCCUGACCGGGAUGGCAGACAACCACCAAGUCCUCUCAUUCGGAUUGCUGUUGUGUCACUUGGUCCCAUCGUCUGGAAUGCUGCGGUUCUUCUCGUGCAGUUCCUAUUCUCCUUGUUCCUAGGACCAAUCCUCAACGCGUCGCUCCCCAUCUUCGGCUCUGCCAUGGCGUUCAUUGCUCACUCUCUGGGUGUCUUGGGCAUGAUUGCAUUCUUUGAAUUCUUCUGGUUCCUGGAACUUUGGAACGUCGCCCACGCCGUUUUGGGUCUCAUCGCCGUCAUCCACAUCCAGCGUGCGGUCCACAAGGUGCUAAUUGCGGUAUUCUUGUCUCGGGAGUUCAAGCAUGAUGAGACCAAUCUUGCGUGGUGGACUGGUAAAUGGUACGGACGAGGUCUCGGUAAUCACGCGAUGUCUCAGCCUGCUCGAGAAUUCAUCGUCAAGAUCAUUGAACUCUCCCUUUGGAGCUCGGAUUUCCUUAUCGGCCAUUUCUUACUCUUCAUCUUAACACCUCCAAUCCUGAUACCCUACAUUGACCGGUUGCACUCAACGCUACUCUUCUGGCUACGGCCGUCGAAGCAGAUUCGUGCACCGUUGUAUUCUUUGAAGCAGAAGCGACAGCGUCGCUGGAUUGUAAGUUUCGGCUUCUUCCGGAGGCUCUUCCAACGACUGACAAUUCAUACAGGUAAUCAAAUAUGGCCUCGUAUAUGUGCUUGCCAUAGUGAUAUUCGCGGCACUCAUCACAAUUCCUCUGAUUUUCCGUAAUCAUCUUCGCGUUAACUGCAGUAUCUGCGAAGACAUUUGAUGGACACUUUUCAGCAUACGAUAUAUAUCCUUACCAUAGACUAUCAGCAUUUGUACGCUUUUUUUACAGUCAUCUUUAACGCAGACGGACUCUAGCUCUACAUAUCUUUCAUAUGUCGUCAAUAGGCAGGCCAUGGACUUUCAUGCUUUUCUUUUGGACUAUUCAUUUCAAUAUCUAAUCCGUAGGUUGCCCGUUAUUUAUUCCUUCUAUGGUUGACGUUCGGGCAAAUACAUUCGACCGCAUCCGUGCCAUCAUCCAUGUCUACCUUUGACCCCGAAGCAUUCGCUGUUGUUCCAUGCAGCUAUGUCACUGACCGUGAUUUGAAAGUUUGACGACUCUUGCUCGACUACCGCCGAGAUAAUGGGUCCAAAUGGUCAAGAGAAUCCUGAAACCCCAAUAUCCUAAUCCUAAAUUACAAUGACGAGAGCGACACUUGUAACGGAAAUUGCUGCGCUGAGUGUUGGAACAAGCCUGAAUCAGAAACUUGGGUAGCACUGACCGGAUCCACCUUUGGCACGCUGCAAGGUACAUGAACAACAAGCGAUACUGGAUUCAAUCGACCACUGUCUGAUACUCUAGAAGAACCAAACUCCUAUGAGUGUCGACAUGCCAUCCCGUCGUGCAUUUAGCUCUUUGUUUCAUAACGAUGCAGAGAUUGAUUUUGCAUGCGAGGAGAAUGCUUCUGUAUUGUAGGUAGCGACGACGACGAGGAGCUGUACAGGAGCGUCGUAUACAUCCACGAGUAACUGGUUGUCUGAUACAUAAUGGUUAUGCUCAUGUCACCGUUGUCUUCCCUUCCUACAUACUC